AUGCAUCACCAGUCUGAGUACUUCGGUCCUAACGAAGCCAUCAGCAUCCAAGGAGGAGCAGGAGCUUUUGGUGGCCCUUCUCAGAGUAAUACCAUAAGUCACUCCGACCUCGCACUCAUGGGCAGCAGCAGCAACAACGGGAGCAAUAUGGAAGAGAAUCUGAGGCUUUUCAGAUUCCUUCAUGAAGACCCCAACGUUCACCACCCCACCUCUGCCAUGGGACUCGAUCUCCAAUGCCAGCCAGGUCUCGACCCCAGAGCAGAUAAGAUCACUACCACAAGUCUCAUGCAAGCUAACAACCACCAAUACUACUUUGAUCCCACCACCCCUUUGAAUCCUUUGGUGAUCGGGAUGCUGAAUCCUGGGAACUUCCACUAUACAGCCGACAUGUUCUCCGGUGAGCUGCCACCAGACAGCACGUCCACAGGAUCGACCAUUUUGCAUGAUCCGAUGGUGCACUUGGAUUUCCCCAGCCAGCCAUCUCUUGUGAAAGACGUCCUCAACUCACUGCCCCAUGACACUGGGUUUUUUCCUGGGACGAUGGGGUUUGGUGGGUCUUUUGUUGGUGGGUUGGAUGAUGGCUAUGAUGGCCAGCUUGGGAGACAACGGUCCGAUAAGAAAGGAAGGAAGGGAGGUUCUAAGAAGGGAGGCUCCAUAAAGGUGGAAGAGGCUGGAAGCUUGAAAAAUGAGAAGCAAAGGAGAGAAAGGAUUGCUAAAAAAUACGAUGAUCUCAAGUCACUGAUACCAAACUCGACAAAGCAAGAUAGAGCCAGCAUCAUCGCCGAUGCAACAGACUACGUCAAUGAGCUGCUAAGAACACUCAAGGAGCUCAAGAUACUGGUUGCAGAGAAACGGCACAGAAGAGAGUGGGGCAAGAAACUGAUCAUGGGAGAUGGAGUUGAUGGCGAUGUGGAGAGCUCCUCUAUGAAACCUCUUAUGGGUGAUGGAGAUCGUGCAUUCAGGGGAUCUCUGAGAAGCUCAUGGAUCCAAAGGAAAUCUAGGGAGACCUUUGUGGAUGUCCGCAUCACCGAGGAUGAGGUUUAUAUCAAGCUAACUCAGCGUAAGAAGAUGAAUUGCUUGGUUGUUGUGUCGAAGGUCCUGGAUGAACUACAGCUUGAACUCCUCCACUUGUCAGGUGGAAACAUCGGAGAUUCUCACAUCUUCAUCUUCAACACCAAGAUCCAUGAAGGUUCUUCAGUUUAUGCAAGUGCGGUAGCAAAGAAGCUCAUUGAAGUUUUGGAUGUGCAAUAUCCACCUUUACCUGUUAGUUUCUAGGGUUUGGAUUUUAAAUAUUGUGUUUAAGCUUUUGUUUGCAAGUUAGG